AUGUUGAGUGAAAUUUUGAAUCAGUCCUCAUCGUCAUCAUCGGAAACAAAGAAAGAGUCGUCUACAACCAAAUAUCCCUACACUACAAGCAUUGUUGCCGAUGGAAGGAGAAAAUUUCAUACCACCUACAAAGAUGGGGAAGAAAUGGUCGAAGAGUUUGACCUUAAUACCAAUCAAUUACUAGUACGCAAACGAAGAAGACCUACCGUAUUGGGAGGUGAGGGAGAAUGGCACUUUGAAAUUGGAGGGGAUGUGAAAGUGUUCAAUCCUUUCAAUGAUUGGAUUGCACCCUCGACCACUAAUCCAAUAUUCAUGAGAAAAGACACUUCGACACAUUUUCAAUGGAGAAUUCGAAAUUGUUUUUUCACUAAGGACACCUAUCGGGUGAACGUGGAUCAUGAAAAGCAAGAGGUUGUCAUUAGCACAACCAACAAAAAGUACUACAAGAGAUUCAACAUUCCAGAACUUGUCAGAGAAUGUACACCUUCCAUAAAACUCGAAGACCAAUGUUUGAGUUGGACAUUGGACAACAAUACUCUCAUUAUUUCUGUAAGUACUUGUUUGAAGAAUGGACGAGAAUGA